AGCCGCCCACGGCCGCCUCGUACACAGCAUUCCAUGCUCACCUGUGGGACUGCGCACCGCUAGCUGCUCUGAGAGAAGGACAGCGCGACAGCCGGCAUGGCCAUGCGGAAGGCCGUCCUCGCCCUUGGCCUCGCCGUGCGUCGCGAGGUCUUGGUGGCCGGCAAGAGCCAUGCCCCCGACGACCCCGAGCUCAGUAGCCUGAUGGGCCAGCGCACCGCCGCGGGCGUUGACGCGGGCACCGACGCCGAAUCCAGCACUGGCCUGCGGAGCAUGCUGGGCGAGAACUCUGGCAAGGAGGACUGCGGGUGCCUGAACUGGGCGGCAACCUAUUACGAUCAGAAGGCCUUUUGCGGAAGGGCCAAUGAGCUGUAUUUCCUCGCCAAGCACGGCUUCAAUAAUGGUUACGCUGCGACAGAGCCCAUCACUGGUUUGCCUCAUAAGGUCUGCUGGGACUUCUUUGCCAACUUUAAUUCCACCGCUUGCGUGAACGUGGACCUGAUGCCGUUUCCCGCCGACAAUCAGACCGGCAGCCAGUGGUGCUACGUGAAUCCGGACUGCCAGCAGCUGAACGGCGGCAAGUUCGCCACAAACAGAGCUGGUUUCGCGCAGGCCGCAUGGAUGAACCUCCAGGCUAACUCGUACGUCCCCUGGAAGUACUGCGUGCCUGGCGGCGACGACAUGCUGAAGUUCAAGACCGUCGAGGAGAUCGACGAGCUCGCCCGCGAGAAGGACCUCAGCGUGUCGCGGAUGCUGCGGCUCGCGUACCCCGCUGUGGAGAUCCGGUGGGCCGAGGC